AUGAAUUUAGGUUUAUCUGACACGUUAAAAUCAGAGUUUGCUGGAUAUACUCCAGUUGAAAGACCUGUAAUAAAUUGUGAUAAUGUAUUUUUAGACCCUUAUUGAAUUUCAGGAUUUGUAAGUGCUGAGGGAAACUUUGAUGUUCGUAUGCCAUCAACCAAUAGUAAAUUAGGUUAUCGAGUACAAUUGAGAUUUAGAAUAUCUCAACAUAUUAGAGAUAUUAGAUUAAUGGAGAAAAUAGUUGAAUACUUUGGGUCAGGAAAGAUUUACAAAUAUGGUGGUAAGUCUGCUGUUAGUUUAACAAUAGUUGACUUUACUGAUAUUACCAAUAUAUUGGUUCCAUUUUUUAAUAAAUACCCUAUAAUUGGUAUAAAACUCUAUGAUUAUCUUGAUUGAUGUAAAAUUCAUAGUUUAAUGAUUAAUCGUUCUCAUCUGACGGUUGAGGGUAUAAAUUCAAUUAGAAAGAUAAAAUCUGGUAUGAAUAUAGGUAGAAAUUUUUAA